UUGAAUUGCAUUAACCACUUCAACUCUCUCUAACAAACCCACCACCACAUAACACUUCCAAGUUCCAUCCAUUAUCUUUAUUACAUUAAACCCAAGCCCCUCAAAACCAAACACUAAUCUAUAGGAUGGAGAGAAAAAUUCAUGUGGUGCCUGUGGUGUUGUUCUUGUGGGUUUGUACUUGUGUAACUGCUUCUGUUACAUACGAUCACAAAUCUCUUAUUAUAAAUGGGAAAAGAAGGAUCUUGAUAUCUGGCUCCAUUCACUAUCCAAGAAGCACACCCCAGAUGUGGCCGGACCUUAUUCAAAAGGCCAAAGACGGCGGCCUUGAUGUCAUUCAGACCUAUGUCUUCUGGAAUGGACAUGAGCCUUCUCCUGGAAAUUAUUAUUUUCAAGAUAGGUAUGACUUGGUGAGAUUCGUCAAGCUGGUUCAACAAGCUGGCCUUUAUGUUCAUCUCCGCAUUGGUCCUUACGUUUGUGCUGAAUGGAACUUCGGGGGAUUCCCUAUUUGGCUAAAAUAUGUUCCGGGUAUUGAGUUCAGAACAGACAAUGGACCUUUCAAGGCUGCAAUGCAAAAAUUCACUCAGAAAAUUGUAAGCUUGAUGAAAUCAGAGGGGUUGUUUCAAAGCCAGGGAGGUCCAAUAAUCAUGUCUCAGAUAGAGAAUGAGUAUGGACCAGUGGAGUGGGAAAUUGGUGCUCCUGGAAGAUCAUACACAAGAUGGGCUGCAUCAAUGGCUGUGGCUCUUGACACUGGUGUUCCAUGGGUUAUGUGCAAGCAACAAGAUGCUCCUGAUCCUGUUAUUGACACCUGCAAUGCCUUCUACUGCGAAGGCUUCACUCCCAACAAGAAUUACAAGCCCAAGAUGUGGACUGAGAAUUGGACUGGCUGGUACACUGCUUUUGGUGGCGCAACCCCCAUCAGACCAGCAGAAGACAUAGCAUUCUCGGUUGCCAGAUUCAUUCAGAAUCGCGGCUCGUUUGUUAAUUACUAUAUGUAUCAUGGAGGAACUAACUUCGGCCGCACGGCUGCUGGCCGUUUCAUUGCCACAAGCUAUGACUACGACGCUCCCCUAGACGAAUAUGGACUACCAAAUGAACCAAAAUGGACUCAUUUGAGAGAUUUGCAUAAAGCAAUUAAACAAUGUGAGCCAUCUUUGGUGGCUGUGGAUCCAACACUUACACUCAUUGCUAACAACAUUGAGGCACAUGUCUACAAGACAACCACUUCCUGUGCUGCAUUCCUUGCAAAUUACAACACCGGAUCUUCCGCAAAAGUUAGAUUUGGAAACGGGGUGUAUGAUGUACCGGCUUGGUCUAUUAGUAUCCUUCCUGACUGCAAGACUGAAGUUUUCAACACUGCAAAGGUUAGUGCCCUGAGAUUCGAGAGGAAGAUGACUCCAGUAAUCGGUAGAUUUGGUUGGCUGUCAUUCAAUGAAGUACCCGAGUCGUCGGGUCCAAAUGAUCGCCUUACUGCAAAUUCACUCUUGGAGCAGGUUUAUGUAACCAAGGACUCUUCAGAUUAUUUGUGGUACAUGACAGAUGUCAACAUUAGCCCUAAUGAAGGUUUCCUAAGGAAUGGUCAAUCUCCUGUUCUUACAGCAAUGUCAGCAGGGCAUGUUCUGCAUGUUUUCAUUAAUGGACAACUUUCAGGAACUUCAUAUGGUGGAUUGGAUAAUCCUAAAUUGACAUUUAGUGACAGUGUUAAGCUAAGGGCUGGAAACAACAAGAUUUCUUUACUUAGUGUCGCAGUCGGUCUCCCGAAUGUGGGUACACACUUUGAGAAAUGGAAUGCUGGGGUGUUAGGUCCAGUCACAUUGAACGGUCUAAAUGAAGGGACAAGAGACCUAUCUAAGCAGAAAUGGUCUUACAAGGUUGGUCUGAAAGGCGAAUCAUUGAGCCUUCAUACUGAAAGUGGGAGUAGCUCUGUUGAUUGGGUACAAGGAUCACUGCUAGCUGUAAAACAACCUUUGACAUGGUACAAGACAACUUUUAGCGCUCCAGCCGGCAAUGAACCGUUGGCUUUAGAUAUGAGUACCAUGGGAAAGGGUGAAAUAUGGAUAAAUGGUCAGAGCAUCGGUCGCCAUUGGCCUGGAUACAAGGCAGGCGGUAAUUGUGGUGCUUGCAACUAUGCCGGAACUUACACUGAGAAGAAAUGCCUUACAAACUGUGGACAACCUUCCCAGAGAUGGUACCAUGUUCCUCGCGCAUGGCUAAGACCAGGUGGGAACUCCUUGGUUGUGUUUGAGGAGUGGGGAGGAAAUCCUGCAGGGAUUUCUUUGGUGAAGAGAACAUGAAGUGUGUACAUAAAGAUGCUUCUGAAAGGAACUGCAUCAGCAAGCAAUCUUUCAUCUUGCUUGGUAACUGUAGCUCCAGAAGAAAAUCUGUCUAGAAAAAAACACAAUGAAGCUCUCAUUUUUAGCCUUAUGCAUUUAGAUCCAAUGAUUGCACCAAAUAAAUGUGGCUCAGAUCAUAUAUUAGGUUCAAGUAUAUACAGAGAGUAUUCAAUCAAUGUUCAAUCCUACUACAUGCUCUAAGGAUUAGAAGGCCCAAAAGCAAAUGUAGAUAAGAGAAAUGUCGUUGCAGAGAGAUGCUGUGUAUAUAAGCCAAGAACUAUUGUGCUGAAUAUUGAUUACUUUAUGUAUACACAUUACAGGGCUUGUAAUGAAGAUUGAGCCCUUUACACAUACCUUAUAUAUAUAUCAAAUUGCUACAUUGUUGCACCAGAUAUAAGUUUCUUUCUCUAUUGGGAAUAUGAUGUAAGAACAAACUGAUGAAAAGUAAUAAAAGCGGCUUGGAAUUUGCAUUGUUGA